GCGGCUACGCGACUGCACUGGCGCUGGCAAUGGACACCAAUAAUCCUGUUUUCUCGUGCGGUGUGUCUGUAGCACCGGUCACCUCAUGGCUUCUCUAUGAUUCCGUGUACACCGAGAGAUAUAUGGGUUUACCUAAAGAUAAUAUGGAGAGCUAUUUGCGGUCCGAUGUGCUCAACAGAGCUCACAAUUUUAAGGGCAAAAAGUUCUUGUUAUGUCAUGGAUCUGCUGAUGACAACGUUCACGUGCAGCAGUCAAUGGUGUUGAUGAAGGCGCUGACGAACGCGAACGUCAUGUUCCAGACGCAGGUAUAUCCGGAUGAGAACCACUCGCUAUCGGGAGUCAAACCGCAUCUCUACCAUACAAUGGAGGCCUUUUGGGACGAAUGCUUUCAAACCGAUUCCUUCUAUGAAGACAUCGGACUUCGGAGGCGACGAGUCGUCAAACAGAGCCAAAGCCUAUAACACCACGAAAUGUCUAUAGAGUUAUGUAUGAAACGAAACAUUACUCUCAUUGCGAUUAUUAUCCACUCUCUUAUGCCUUACGAAAACUUUUCAACAAAAACAAAGUCUAACUCUCAGACGUGUCUCUAAUGUU